AUUUGAUUUGAGGUUAACGAAAUGUCAAACAUAAUAAUGUUUUGAUGUUUUGGUAAAACGAACACUUAAUAUCUGUUUAAAACAAUUUUCCAUUCGAGAAAUAUGUCUGUUAUAGAACGUGUCAAGAUCCUAGUUUUAGGCGACACAGGAGUUGGAAAAACGUCGUUUGUAAACUUGGCUGCUCAUAAUGAACCUCUUCGAUCCCCUAGUUGGACUGUUGGAUGCUCAGUGGAAGUCAAGCUACACGACUACAAAGCUGGUACAAAAGACCAGAAGACAUAUUUCGUGGAGUUUUGGGAUAUAGGUGGCAGUCAGAUACAUAGAAAUGCCAGAUCCGUAUUCUAUUACCCUUGCCAUGGAGCAAUUUUGGUACAUGAUCUCACUAAUAGCAAAUCAGAAAAGAACUUGAACAAAUGGGUUCGAGAGAUUGUCACUAAGAGAGAAAGGAAAUAUUCUGACUAUGAGGCCCCAGAUAUGUCUAACCCUGUCAGCCCAAAUACAAGUAUUUACAUUGAUAAGAUCAUAGAUCAAGAGAGUAUGAUAGGAAAUAGUAACUUGCCUUUCCUAGUAAUUGGUACCAAAGUAGAUCAAAUGGAAGCUAAAAAAACGCUCAGUAGUUUCAUUGCCAACCACUUGGGUGUAGAUGAGAUAGUUUUAGAUUGUAGACAAUCUCGUUAUUUAGCUGCAGGUACUUCAAAUGCUGUGAAACUGUCUAGAUUUUAUGAUAAAGUGAUUGAAACUAAGUUGCGGAUUGGUAAAGAUUCAUUUUCUGAGAGGUUAGGAACUGUUACGAUCCCAUCAGCUAUUUCACCCAAAUUCUAUUCACCACAUGCUGAAUAGUGGUUAAGAAUUUACCUUAAGUUACAUUUACCUGCUCUGAAAUACUUUAUUGCAUUUAUUGAGUAUUUUAUAUGGAUAUAUUUUGUUACUUAUAUACUUAAGAUGAUACAAAUAUAGAUAUAUGAAGUUUGCCCCAAAAGCUUGUUUUCUAAACCUGUAAUAAUUUUGUUAAGAAUUUGCAC